GCAACGAGCGGAGCCAACGGAACUGGAAUUCGAGGAAAUGCACUGGAACUGGCAGGAACUGGAAGCGGGGGAAGUUCGAGAAGGUUUCUUCCCCAUUGUCCAGGGACCCGUACCCAAAUGGAGACCCAGGCCACGGACCAGGCACCACCUCACAACCCUGCUAGAGCACAACUACAGCAAACUUCCACACUGCAAUCCAGAACUCCAGCCAGCAAUACAGGCACCAGCUCCUCCUCCUCCGCGGUAUCGCCAUUAGAGAAAAUCAACAGAAUAAAACAGAGCCCACCCGGUAUGACUGUAAAUCAGGUUUCAGGCUCCCCGAAUGCCGGUAGCAGUGACAAACAAGAGAAAGCACCUUCUGCUCCAGCAGGUCCAAGCCAGGCCUGUGGGGCACCAGCUGUCAGGGAUGGAACAGCCUGCGUCGCUGUGUCCGCAGCAGAUACCACCACAAAUGUAACUAGGGUAGCACCUGCGGCCUUAGGAGGGACCAGCUUAGGCGUUUCAAAAAGCAAAUCUCCUUCCCCUCUGAUGUCUUCGCCAACAUCCACGAGCUCAGAAGCCCAGGCUGGAGGUGUGGUCACAUCUGUCCCACCCUCUAACACUUCAUCAGUAGCACCUAGCCUUAAAACUCACGCAAGUUCAAGCUCAAGCGGGGCCCUCCCAAAACCAAGCUCCAGUAUUCCUGCUAACAACCCUUUGGUCACUCAACUUCUUCAAGGCAAGAAUGUCCCUCUGGAGCAAAUCCUGCCGAAGCCCCUCACCAAAGCAGAGAUGAAAACUGUCCCAUUAGCUCCUCAUGAAGAAAAAGGGGCGGCGGCAGCAUCCAGUGCUACAAGUGGAGCAGGGACCGGCACUGGAGCCGAGGGUGGUGAAAGACAAUCGAGUUUACCCACACAACAGCUUGGGAAGAUCUUUUGCCAGAACAGGCCUCAGCCUCACAUUCCAAGGACCUUUCCGCUCCCCUCGGGAAAGGACCCCAGUCUUGACCAGCACCAGUGCCACGAGGCGCUCAGCAAAACAACCCAAGAGCAGAUCCUUCAGACUCUUAUCAAGAGGGUCCAGAGGCAGAAUUUGUUGCCAGUCCUUCAGCCUUCACAACUGAACCUCACUCACUCAGGUUUCCAGUUAGAAAACAGCUCCACCAGCCAGAGAUUUAUGCUGGGUUUCAUGGGCAGAAGGACAUCCAAGCCUGCUAUGUCUGGUCAUUAUCUGCUCAACAUUUCCACCUAUGGUCGUGGUUCAGAGAGUUUGAGGAGAGGCUUCUCCCUGAACCCUGAAAACCGCUUGUGUCUGAACAGUCCUGCUGAUGCUCCAAAAACAGAAUUUGGGGAAUGUGAGGAGGUGGCUGGCCACGGCAGCAGCAGUGAUGAAGGAGAUGCAGAUGAUGAGAGUACUGGUGAUGAACGUGAACAUAUCAGUGUAAAAGAGGAGCCCCAGGCUGCCCAGGUUUCUGGUCAGUGUGAAAAAGAACUGGUAUCACAUAGCAUAAAUUCUUCCGAUUACAGCACCCUUUCUAAAAAGGGUGUAAAGACAGAAGCAGUCGCAUCUCAGCAAGCAGCAGUCAACAAGGAGAAUGUUCAGGCAUUUGACGGAACUACAUUAGCACGAGAUUUUAUUCAAGCCGCUCAAGAGCAAAUGGCACAUGCAAUGAGGGGGAAAAUGCACAGCAAUCCGGAGCUUUUCAAUACUUCUGUGCCGUCCUCGGACUCUGCGCAGCAGCAGCCUCCGUUGCUUUCUCCUUCGCGCCCUCCAAAGCUAUCUGGAAAUGCUGCAGCACAGCUCAUUGGGCCCAGUUACAGCGGCACAAUAAACGUCUCCACCUCCCCAGACGUGAACCAAGGGUCUCUUAUGACUGGGCUAUCUGAAUGCAAUCAGUUGUCUAGUAGCAUGGGGAACGUCAUGUCCUUUUCUGUGACUGUAACCACCAUUCCCACCAGCCCAGCUAUGAACUCUGGCAACCACAGUCAGACCAUCCCCGUUCAAGCCUUCGCUGAAGACAACAGCAUGGAGGAUUCCCCUUCCAAAUGUUACUGCAGGUUGAAAGCCAUGAUCAUGUGCAAGGGCUGCGGUGCCUUCUGCCAUGAUGAUUGCAUUGGCCCCUCUAAGCUCUGUGUCUCCUGCCUCGUCGUGCGGUAACCGGGACGGGAAGCGGGGAAGAGGAUGGCUUGGUUUUGGUUUUGCUUUUGGAAGUACAUUGGGAAGAAACAGGAAAUGCCUUGCACAAGAGACACGUUGCUGAAUCAGGAAUACAGAGUAGAGUUCUUCUUU